GAAAAAAAUACAGCUGGUCGAUGUUAUAAACUUAAACAAAUGUGUCGUCAGCAGACACGAAGCCUAAGUGAAGCCUGCAGAUAACUGAGAGUUAGAUUGGAGAUUUCAUCUUGCUUCCGGUACUCGAGAUGUUGUCGCAACACUAAAACGUGACAAAGGAGCUCAAAAGAGAAUGCCACCUGAAGGACAUCACAGUGAACUCUAUGCUUAUUUUGCUCUGGAGCUGGUGAUCAUGGCGGGGACGGUCAUGCUGGCCUACUACUUCGAGUACACGGACACGUUCAACGUGCACGUGCAGGGCUUUUUCUGCUACGACAACGCGUACACGAAGCCGUACCUGGGACCGGAGGAGGCGAGCGCCAUCCCGCCCGCGCUGCUCUACGCCGUGGUGGCCGGUGUGCCCACACUCGUGAUAACAGUGACAGAAGCUGUGCUGUUCCUGAUGCAAUAUACAUCAAAAGAUCCGGAUACUCGAAAGAAGACCAUUGCGACUGGGGACUGUUGUUACCUCAACCCUCUGGUGCGCAGGACUUGCCGCUUUUUGGGUGUAUACAUGUUUGGCCUCUUCACUACCGACAUCUUUGUGAACGCGGGUCAGGUGGUGACAGGGAACCUGGCCCCUCACUUCCUGACUGUGUGUAAACCCAACUACACUGCACUGGGCUGCCAGCAGGCCCUACGCUACAUCAGCCACCAGGAGGCCUGUACCGGCAAUGAGGAGGACAUCCUGCGUGCCCGCAAAACCUUUCCCUCCAAAGAGGCGGCGCUCAGCGUCUACGCCGCGCUCUACCUGGCUAUGUAUAUCACUUGCUCGGUGAAAGCCAAAGGGACUAGGUUGGCCAAGCCGGUCAUGUCUCUGGGGCUGAUGUGCCUGGCCUUCCUGACGGGUAUUAACAGGGUGGCAGAGUACCGCAACCACUGGUCUGACGUAAUCGCUGGCUUUAUCAUCGGAGUGGCCAUUGCCACCUUUCUGGUUGUGUGUGUGGUCCAUAAUUUCAAAGGGAGCCAGAUGUUAAGUGAAGACCCCCAGCAGGAGGACAUGAUGGGCUCGCCCAGGGCGGAGAGUCCCCUGGAAAAAUACAUCGCCUCCCAGGUUUGGCCUGCAGACAGGGGUUAUAUGGCAGCUGAACAACAUUAUUAAGAAUCACAUCGCCUUCGAUGAAGUCACAUGACCUUGAGUCAGCAGUGUGGCAGACGCAUUGGACAUCCACACUCUUUACCGUGCAGUCGUCAUAGUCAUGGUGCAACACUACCCGCGUCAGUCAUAUCCUCUAUGGUGGUGUUUUGGAUCACACCCCACUCCCCACCCCCACCAGCAUAUGUGUGUACUGCUGUUUGCACAAGGUACCCCCACGACCACACCCAUUCCCCCUCUGGUUUGUGUUUUUUGAUCAUGAGCCAUGACAAUUGGAACUCAAAUCAACCCAGGAUUCACUGUGUGUAGCUGGAGGGACUGUGUCUGUGUAAGACAAACAGAAUUUCACACUUAUCAAAUUUAAGAAGAUAUGAACUUAUUGCUAUUGAUGUGUGUAUUUCCUUCUUAUUUUUCACACUGUAUCAUAUGUAUAAUACAUCGUGGUAUCAUUUUUUUUCAAAACAAAUGUGACAUAAUAUUUAAUUCUUUCACUUGAAAAUCAAAUCAGAGUUACCCAUGCCCACACACAGGUCAUGAAACUUUUUAAAAAUCUGUUUAAGAAGUGCACUUCAAUUAAAUUCAAGGAAUCUCAAGACAUGGCACCAAAACCAGAGGUUAUGAACCUCCGCUGAUAAAGUGGCAGCAUAAGUCCAUAGAGAAGCCUUAUGGAGCCAGGUAUCCUGGUCUGCUGUGCAUCCUCCUGUCCCUCUUUCUGCUGUGUGAAGAAUGGAUCAGUUGUGUAGACAAUCACCACUGCUCUUUUAGAGGCAUUCCUGGAAAAUUUACUAAAUAGAAGUUUUGCAUAAAUGCAGAUAUAUGUCAAGAGCUUCAAUUAAUGUUCACAUCACAUAUCAGAAUGGGGAAAAAUUUGAUCUCAGUGACUUUGACCAUGGCAUGGUUGUUGGUGCCAGACAGAAUGGUUUGAAUAUUUCAAUAACCGCUGAUUAAUGUUCAUAUCAGACAUUUGAAUGGGGGAAUCGAGGAUCCUGAUCCUGGAAUUUUCACGCACAACAGUUUCAAGUCUCUAGAGUUGACACAGCAUGGUGCAAAAAAAAAAAAAUUCCAGUGAGCGGCAGACAGACAGGUUUGAGCUGACAGGAAGGCUACUGUAACUGAAAUAACCACUCUUAUCAAACAUGGUGAGCAGAAAAGCAUUUCAGAACACACCUGAACUGGACAUUUGAUUACGUGACCAUUGGCCAGCCUGACAAGAGGACUUUCUCCUCUGUCCUCUCUCCUCAACAAGGUGUUUCCACCCACUCACUAGAUGAUUUUUUUGUUUUUUUGCACCAUUCUAUAUAGACUCUUAUGUGUGAAAAUCCCAGAAUCAGAAACCCAGAUCACAUUUUUCCCCAUUCUGAUGUCUGCUGUGAACAUUAACUAAAGCGCUUGACCUGUGUCUGCAUUAUUUUAUGCAUUGCUCUACUGCCACAUGAUUGGCAGAUUGGAUAAUUGCAUGAAUGUGUGAUAGAGGUGUACAGUUGUUCCUAUUAAAGUGGUUGAUGAGUCACUUUAUAACAAUACACUUUAUAACAAUCACUUAUAAAAACAAUACUUGAACCAGCCAUUUAGGUAAGACCAUUAUGCUGAAAGCGGAUUCUGUUUCUCUCAGGCCUGUGUUAUUUUUAAACUCUUAUUUUUGUUUCUCAUUCUUUUAAUUUGUUUCUAAUUCCAUUAAUUGGCAUGUGAUAGUUCUGUUAUGUCUGGAGAGAUGCCAUAGAUGACACCUGUAACAUGAAAAUCAAACCGAGAUACCUCAGAUGCAAUGAAUUAAAUGAAAAGAUGUAAAUCUUUAUCAAUCUAAUCUCAAAUACAGGGUGGAAGAAGCAGAUUUAUAGAAUAUAAGCAGUAGAAUAUUUGAGCUGUGUGUCAGCCCCAUUGCAGUACCCUCUGGAAGAUUAGCAGCCAGUCCAAGGUGCUACAUGAUGAUCACUUUCUGCACUUAAAAACGCUUUGGCAUUUUGCAGUCGCCCCUGCUUGCUCAUGUGACUAGUUCAUAGAAGAGCAAUAACAUUUAAAGCUUUCCCAUUGGCAUGGACCCAUUUGGCUGUUUCUCUGGAUAUGAUCUAUUUUUAUAUCAGAAUUCCAGCACUUUAAACCACAUAAAUGUCACCUGCAAACUAAAAGAAGAUCCUUUAAAAUAUCCAUUACACUACUACUUUCAUAAGCACUUAUAGUGAUCAUCAGGAUCUAUUAAUCUAAUGAAUGUGGACUAAAGUUACCGCAGUGCUUGUAAACAGUAUUACAGUAUAAUUAAUAAAUAAGACAUGAAGAGUGAAAAUGCACAUACAGUAUAGUUCGUCAGAUUUUCUUACUGUUUAUUUUCUCAAGUUUGUACAGUAUGUGUUAUGUGUCUUGUAAAAUAACAAAAAGUAUAUAUUGUACCAUGUGUGCUUCAUCUUAAAUUUAAAAGAAAAAAAAAAUUCCUGAGAAUUUGUGGUAUAACUUGUUGAAUUACAGUUCCAGUGGCUGGAAUUAAUUUCUCAUUUUAAGUACUGAUUUGUUUAUAACAUUUCUAUUUUGCAUAUUAUCUUCACAACUCCUAUUUUCUAUUCCUUUAAGAGUUUGUACAGAAUCUUUGGUUGUAAAAGUGUGUUCUUACAACCUUCUGAACUUUUUUAAUUGCUAAUUUCUAUCGCCAUUCACCUGUGACAUUCCCACUCGUGUAGCUGUUGGUUUUUGUAUGAAUGUUGCAGGUUGGCAUCUUAUGAAUUUUAAUUAGUUCCAGCUCACCGCUUCAUUAAAAAUAUUGCAUCUCAUCAAAUCAUGACCUUUUACACUGUAGAGGAAAUGUCUUUGAAUAAAAUAUAUUCUGACCUUG